UCAUUUUGCCGCCAUCCCUGAAGGGGCGCUUCCCUCCUGUCUCCCGGCACUGCGCGGCGGCGGCGGAUCCCUGUCUGCUCGGUGUCCCCGGUGUUUAGAAAAAUCCUAAAAUGGCAAACAUAGACAAUAAAGAGCAGGCUGAACUGGACCUACACGACAUGGAAGAUGUUGAAGAAGUAGAAGAAGAAGAAUCUGGGGAGGAUGCAAACAGUAAAGCUAGGCAAUUGACUGCACAAAUGAUGCAGAAUCCACACAUUUUAGCUGCUCUUCAAGAAAGGUUAGAUGACCUCGUUGGUACAUCAACUGGCUACAUUGAAAGCUUGCCUAAAGUAGUUAAGAAACGAGUGAAUGCUCUUAAAAAUUUGCAAGUUAAGUGUGCCCAAAUUGAAGCUAAAUUCUAUGAAGAAGUGCAUGAACUGGAGAGGAAGUAUGCUGCUUUAUAUCAGCCACUUUUUGACAAAAGAAGUGAUAUCAUAAAUGCCACAUAUGAACCCACGGAGGAAGAAUGUGAGUGGAAAGUAGACGAAGAGGAGGAGAUUUCGGAUAUGAAAGAGAAGGCAAAACUUGAAGAGGAGAAGAAAGACGAAGAAAAAGAGGACCCAAAAGGAAUCCCAGAGUUCUGGCUGACAGUCUUCAAAAACGUUGAUCUCUUAAGUGAUAUGGUUCAGGAACAUGACGAGCCAAUUCUGAAACAUUUGAAAGACAUAAAAGUAAAGUUUUCAGAAGCUGGUCAGCCAAUGAGUUUCACACUAGAAUUUUUCUUUGAGUCCAAUGACUUCUUUACAAAUGAAGUGCUGACCAAAACAUAUAAAAUGAGGUCCGAGCCUGAUGAGUCUGAUCCCUUCUCAUUUGAUGGGCCAGAAAUAAUGGGAUGUACAGGGUGCCAAAUUGACUGGAAGAAGGGAAAGAAUGUCACUUUAAAAACCAUAAAGAAGAAACAAAAGCAUAAGGGUCGUGGUACAGUAAGGACUGUUACAAAAACUGUUCCAAAUGACUCAUUCUUCAACUUCUUCAGCCCACCUGAAGUACCUGAAAAUGGAGAGCUGGAUGAUGAUUCCGAAGCCAUUCUCACUGCAGACUUUGAAAUUGGACAUUUCUUACGUGAGCGAAUAAUUCCCCGAUCUGUACUGUAUUUUACUGGUGAAGCUAUUGAAGAUGACGAUGAUGAUUAUGAUGAAGAAGGGGAAGAAGCUGACGAUGAGGAUGCUGAAGAGGAGGCAGAUGAAGAAAAUGACCCAGAUUAUGAGCCCAAGGUUUAAAUGGUGUCUGUAGAGUUCUUGUCUUGGAAAGAUCAAAACCCAGCUGAGUGCAAGCAACAAUGAAGCAAUGUGUAUGUGGCCUUGUUAUUACCUGCACUGUAAUAAAUU